GAAUAGGACAAAACUCAGGAAGAGUCUCUGUGAGUAUUAGAGAAGACCUAUUAAGAAGCUUGACCAGAGCGCGAGAUCCAUUUGGACCUAUUCUGUUAAGGGUUACUCCAAAGGCGCUGUGUAGCUCUAGCAGCUAUAUCGCUUGACGACAGAGUCAUUCAAUUAUCGGAUCCGUAGAUUGACAUAUGUGUUACAGAGCUGUGUAAGGAAUGCGUAUAUAGACUCUACUGAUUGACACUAUCCCAAGGGUAUAACUCUCCCCGCAUCGAGUCCUGUAUCUAAAGGUGCCAUUAAAAAAGGCUAUCGACACAGUGAUCUGAUUAUCGCUAUUAUCAUUGCACAAUGCCAGAGAUAAAGGAAGGUAUCGGCUGCUACGCCGAGAAGUAUGUACCACUGGUGCCAUUGACGGGGAUUACCAUUACCUUCCUGGUGGUUGCUGUCCUGGGCCUAGGGUUCUAUUGCGCCUUGAUGAUCAAUUGUAUAGUAGCGGUUUUUGAAAAAUGGGUGAUACAAUCCGAGAAACUAGAGCUACUGAAAUCUGAAACUAAGACACCUCUAUCAUUUCUGAUUAUGGUGAUGUAUAUACUGUUGCACGUGUAUGGCUACAAAUGCUCGUUUGUCGAGACUCCUAUAUGUCGUAGGCGUGUCCUGUUCAUUGGAUUAGGCUUUGUGGUAGUGCUGUGUUCAUUCGUAGCAGUUAUGCUAGCUACUAUACCUGAUGACUGGGUGAAGAAGAUAAAUCUAGAUACCCAUUUCAACGCUCAACACCGCGUCUAUGGCGCCAUGGGUUUUUCUGGACUCCAGAUAAUCGCACUUGUUGGAUUCAUCAUCGCCGCAUAUAAGCAACACUGCUUUGGCAAGUGCAUGACCAGGAGCCGAAAAGCCUUCUAUGUGAUCGCGAUACUGAAUUUAAUACACCUGAUAGGCUAUAUAGUCAAUUUGGGAAUGUUUUACAAGGACGGUAAAGUGGAAGAGAAAAUGACCACGAUGGAGAGUAAGGAGGAAUGGAAAGUGUACCAGGGAAGGGCUACUCUUAACUACCUACUGUUGAUAGCACUUGUAAUAAGUGCAUACCAGGUCAAUAUGUGCUGCACACCUUUCAAUAGCUAUGAAGGUAUAUUUUUGCUGUUUGGCGGUGCAGUUAUUGGCUGUAUCAUAUGCGCCAUGUUGGCCUGUGAGUUUGAUAAUACAAGACGAGACAAACACUAUGAGCACACCAUAUACCCUAUAAUGUUCCUUUUGCUAGUUUUUACUGGAUUGUGGCUAUACUGUUUACAUGCAGCUAAACCAUUUGGGCAGUACCAUACUGUAUGGGAAGUGGGCAGCUUCAUGCUAGGCCUUUUCUUAUUGGCCAUGGUAGUCAUCGCAGGUGUGGUUAUUGUUGCAGCGGCAGCAAACAAAUCGUGGAGUAUUGGCACUGUUAACAUGUUUACAGGAUUCCACUCAUUGGCCAUCCCUGCCUACUUCCUAGUUGUACUUGCCCUGUUUAUAUUCUAUGGUCGCAAGAGCGGCUUAUUGAAGCGCAUGGCUUCCUGGUUCAAGAAAGCUCCUGAACACGUCCAAGCUCCAGUUGCCCAGGAGCCAGAGCCCAGUGAACCCUGUCAACUUCGCGGACCUGAAUCAGUGGGAGGUGUCUACCAUGAUUCUAGGUUACAUCCAGCAAAGUAGUUAGACAACUAUCAGGACUGAUUCCUGGAAUUUGAAAAUAUACAGAAUAAAGGCCACCAACGUAUG